AUGUCGUGGAUUUCUGAUAAAGGUUCAAGAAGCAAGGACUUUUAUCAGCAUAGACUGGUUACGAUUAGUAGGAGUCAACAGAUUACCAAAAUUAAAAAAAUGCACAAUAAAAAUGUAUCCAAAACUUUUAAUUAUUCAUUUAAACCCAAUUCCAGUUUGUGGAUAAGGAUUGAUUUAUCCACAAUUACAUUUUGUCCCAGUCAAAAAAUAAAAUCAUCAUCUAUAUGCAAUCAAAUGGAAUUAUUAUUAAAAUAUACUCGUCAAGUACUUGCAAUAAGUUUCAAUAAAGGUAAUAGUAAAAAAAAGUCCAUUGAAGAAAUUCAAAUUCCAUGGAACCAAAUUGCAUCUUUUGGAAUUAUUGAAAAUCAUGAUAUUGAAGUUGUAUUUUGUGAAGGAUUUAAAGCCAAGUUUUGUUAUCAUGGUAAAGAUAAUUCUAAAGGUCGUGUCUUUACCGAAGAAAUGAGUAAAGAUCCAUCAGGAGGGUUAAUGAGAGAAGCUACUUCUAUUGUAUUAAGCCCUUGUUCAAAAGUUCAUCCUAUGACAAUUAAAAUGUUUAAUAUUGGUAUACAAAGAUUUCGUUUUGCUGAUGAUAAUAAUUAUAAUUAUAUAAAUAAUCAUCAUUUGAAUAAAGUUAUUGUUGAUGAUGAUGAUAAUAUUUAUAACGUUAAUAAUGAUAUUAGCAGCGAGACUGAAAAUCGAUCAGAAAUUGUUGAUGACGAUUUAGUACUAUUCUUAACUCAUAAUCGUGCAAUGUUAACCCCAAUGAAUAUUCCUUUAAACACAUUAUUAGAAAACAUCCGAAAAAGAUUUGAAAUUAAAAUUAAGAGUUUUGAAUAUAAGAAUAUCAAUGGUGACUUGAUUACAGUAAUUAAUGAAGAUGAUUGGAAAGUUGCUUUAUGGAAUAUUAAUAAAUUUAGAAAUAGAAGAAUAAAAAUUUAUUUGAAUAUUUAA